AUGGAAAACUAUACAAAAGGAAAAAACGUUGAAGAAGAACUAGAACGCAGCAAAAUCCCCAUAAAAGAUUUACCUCAAAAUUUCCUAUGGAUGCAAGUAAAAGGUGGAAGUAAAAUGUCGAACUUAAUAUCACACGCAGCAGGUAUUCUGGAAGAUAAAUCCUCAACUGCAGUAGUGUGGAGUGGAGCUGGUGUUGCUGUUCCUAAAGCUAUAUCGUGUGCAGAGAUACUAAAAAAGCAAUUUUCAAUUCCACAUCAAGUUACUAAGCUCACUUAUAAAACUGUGGAGGAGUAUUGGGAGCCUAAAUUAGAGGGUUUAGAAACACUUGUUGUAAAAAGACAAGUACCUAUAAUACACAUAUUACUGUCACUCGAUGAUAUCCCAGAUAUCACCCAAAUCGGGUAUCAAAGUCUUAAAGGAAGGAAAUUUUGGCAGAAGGAUCAGAGCAGCAACUCCAAGCAGCAUCAGCCUUACAAAUCUAAAAAACCUUUUAAACAUAAAAAAAAUAAUUUAUAA